UUCCGGGAAGACAGCAGCGCUGGGGGGAGCAGGCCGCGCUGGCUGCCCAGCAGGCGGGUGUGUCCAGUACAGGCCGCAGGACGCCGGAGGCUGGGGGCGGGGGAAGCUGCGUCUAGGUCAGCGAAGGGCAGAGGAAGCCGGACCCGGACGCAGUCGCCUCCCGAUCCCGGCUCCAAGGCUUCUAGUGGGAAACCGAGUCCCGACCUACGGCCGAUCUUCAGGAGCCCCAGUCACCCCAGUCACCCCAAAACCUCCUCAGGCCUUUCCGGCAUACAAGAAUUAAAUUCUGAGUAAGUCUACAAGUAGGAUGGACAGUUAUUUUAAAGCAGCAGUCAGUGACUUGGACAAACUCCUCGAUGAUUUUGAACAGAAUCCAGAUGAACAAGAUUAUCUCCAAGAUGCACAAAAUUCAUAUGAUUCUAACCACUAUUCAGUCACUUCAGAGUUGGCUUCCUCACAGCUAACUUCACUGCUACCAAAGGAUCAACAAUGCAUUAAUUGUUGUGCCUCAUCAGAAACAGGCUAUGAAACAAAUCAAAUUGCCCUGAAUGAAAAAACACUUGAGGGACAAACUUCUAUACAAAAUGAAAAAAAUGUAACAGGACUUGAUCUCCUUUCUUCUGUGGAUGGUGGCACUUCAGAUGAAAUCCAGCCUCUAUAUAUGGGACGAUGUAGUAAACCUGUGUGUGAUCUGAUAAGUGACAUGGGUAACUUAGUUCAUGUAACUAAUAGUGAAGAAGAUAUUAAAAAAUUAUUGCCAGAUGAUUUUAAGUCUAGUGCAGAUUCCUUGAUUGGACUGGAUUUAUCUUCAGUGUCAGAAACUUUCUGUGUUUCUUCAACAGACCAUGGUAAUAAUACAGUCAGCAGAGAGGAACAGAAUGAUGUUAGUUCUGAAUUGCAAAACAGAGAAAUCAGUGGAACUAAAGAAUUUGGUGUAAAAGUAGAUACAACACUUUCAGAUUCAUGUAAUCACAGAGGAAAAGAAAAUUUAGAGGAUAAAAAGAUCUCUAAUCAGUUAGAACCAGUUGUUGAUUUUAACAUGCCAUCUGCUUUGACUCAACAAAGUUCCAAAAUGUUUGAUGCCAAAGACCACCUACAGUACAAGAACCAGCCAUGUGAAUUAGUAAAAGCUGAUGGCUGUUUGGUAAAAGAGGAGGUAGAUGUGCCAGUCAUAGCUGCCCCAGAACGUUUAAAAGAAGGAGGCAGCACAAGUCCUUUGUCUUGCAGUCUUCCAAAAAAUGGAGGUUUAUGCUUAAAUGAUUCAAAUUUAAGAGAUGAAAAUUUCAAGUUACCUGACUUUUCCUUUCAGGAAGAUAGGACUGAUAUAUUUAUAAAACAAUCUGCAAAAGAAGACUCAAGAAAUUUAGAACUUAAAGAUAAUAAAGAUGAAAUCCAAGAUUCUGCUUCAACUUUACACGUUUCAAGUGAAAAUACAUAUUCCUCAUUGUCCUGUCUUCCAGUACCUGGGUCUUUGUGUGGAUCAUUAAUUGAAAAUAAAGUUCAUGGUGAUUGUUUACCCCAGAAUGAAUAUAAAAAUAAUAUAAAAGAUGCAGUGACUGUGCAUGAAGAAAUACAGAAGAAUAUAACUUCAGGUGGGGAACCUUUGAAGGAGACUGAUCUUUUGAAACAGGAAAAAUGUGAAAACAUACCUCAUCAGCCAUUAAUUGAAAAGAUGGGAGAUAGAAAGGCAGAUUCUAACCAGAUGGUAGUUAGAGUUGAGUCUUUGGAUUACCCUGAUAACACCAGUUCUUCUACAGCUGCAGAAUCUCAAAUAGAGCUUUCUGGUGCGAACGCCCCAGAAUCUCCUGAUUGUUGUGAAGGUUUCACUUUUUCAAGCAAUGAUAUCAAUGGACAAGAUUUGGAUUACUUUAAUAUUGAUGAAGGCAUGAAAAGUGGUGCACCAGUUAGUGAUGCUGAACUUGAUGCCUUUCUAACUGAACAGUAUCUUCAGCCUAGUAACAUAAAAUCAUUUGAAGAAAAUGUAAAUGACUCAAAAUCUCAGAUGAACCAGAUAGAUAUGAAAGGCCCAGAUGAUGGAAAUGUCGAUAAUAUAUAUUUCAAUGCUGAAGCAGAAGCUACUGGGGAAAGUCCUGGUAUUAAUAUGAUUUGCGAAAUGGUUGAUAAACAGAAUACAACAGAAAAUGGUAGCCUUUCUUUAGGGGAAAAAAGUACAAUUCCAGUUGAACAAGUGUUAUCUAGCAGUAAGUCUGAGAUUACAAAUGAAUUAUCAGUCUCUGUUAGUAACAGUCAAUCUGUUCAUGUUGGAGGUGCCAGGCCUAAGCAACUGUUUAGUGUUCCAUCAAGAACAAGGAGUUCAAAGGAACCAAAUAAGCUGGAUGUUCCAAAUAUGCCUGAAAGUGAACCCAGAAUAGUAAAUACCAUUGUUCCAACCACCUGUGCUACAGAUUCUGUGACUGAUCCUCAGGUUAGCUUCAAUUCUAAUUACAUUGAUAUAGAAAGUAAUUUUGAAGGUGGAUCCAGUUUUGUAACUGCAAAUGAAGAAUCUGUGCCUGCAAACACUUGCAAAGAAGGCCUUGUUUUGGGCCGGAAACAACCUACUUGGGUUCCUGAUUCAGAAGCUCCAAAUUGUAUGAACUGCCAAGUCAAAUUUACUUUUACGAAACGGCGACAUCACUGCCGAGCAUGUGGAAAAGUAUUUUGCGGUGUCUGUUGUAAUAGGAAGUGUAAAUUGCAGUAUCUAGAAAAGGAAGCAAGAGUAUGUGUAGUCUGCUAUGAGACUAUUAGUAAAGCUCAGGCAUUUGAAAGGAUGAUGAGUCCAACUGGUUCUAAUCUUACAUCUAAUCAUUCUGAUGAAUGUGCCACCAUCCAGCCUCUUCAGGAGACUCAAACAUCCAGUAUAUCUUCACCUACAACUUUACCAAUCUCAGCACUUAAACAACCAAGUGUUGAAGGAUUAUGCUCCAAAGAACAGAAGAGAGUAUGGUUUGCAGAUGGUAUAUUGCCCAAUGGCGAAGUUGCAGAUACAACAAAAUUAUCUUCUGGAAGUAAAAGAUGUUCUGAAGACUUUAGUCCUCUCUUACCUGAUGUGCCACUGAUGAUAAACACGGUGGAUCAUGCCCAUUCUACUACAGUGGAAAAACCAAACAGUGAGACAGGCGAUAUAAGAAAUGAGAUAAUUCAAAGUCCUAUUUCUCAGGUUCCAUCUGUGGAAAAACUGCCUACAGACACAGGAACUGAGGGGUUGCCUACUUCUGGCUCUUUUACACUAGAUGAUGAUGUUUUUGCAGAAACUGAGGACCUAUCAAGUCCUACUGGUGUCUUGGUUAACAGUAAUUUACCUGUUGCUAGUAUUUCAGAUUAUAGGUUAUUGUGUGGUAUUGACAAGAAUGUUUGCAAUAAGAUUAGUCUUCUACCUGAUGAUGAGGACAGCUUGCCUCCUCUUCUGGUUGCAUCUGGAGAAAAGGGAUCAGUGCCUGUAAUAGAAGAACACCCAUCUCACGAGCAGAUCAUCUUGCUUCUUGAAGGCGAAGGUUUUUGUCCUGUUACAUUUGUCCUAAAUGCUAAUCUACUUGUGAAUGUCAAGUUAGCAUUUUAUUCCUCAGACAAAUAUUGGUACUUCUCAACCAAUGGAUUGCACGGCUUGGGACAGGCAGAAAUUAUUAUUCUAUUGUUACGUUUGCCAAGUGAGGAUACUAUUCCUAAGGACAUCUUCAGACUCUUUAUCACCAUUUAUAAGGACGCUCUGAAAGGAAAAUACAUAGAAAACUUGGACAGUAUUACCUUUACUGAGAGUUUUCUCAGCAGCAAGGAUCAUGGAGGAUUUCUAUUUAUUACACCUACUUUUCAGAAACUUGAUGAUAUCCUGUUACCAAGUAAUCCUUUUCUUUGUGGAAUUCUUAUCCAGAAGCUAGAGAUUCCCUGGGCAAAGGUUUUUCCUAUGCGUUUAAUGUUGAGAUUGGGUGCAGAAUAUAAAGCAUAUCCUGCUCCUUUAACAAGUAUCAGAGGCCGAAAACCUCUUUUUGGAGAAAUAGGACACACUAUUAUGAACUUACUUGUUGACCUUCGAAAUUACCAGUAUACCUUGCAUAAUAUAGAUCAGCUACUGAUUCAUAUGGAAAUGGGGAAAAGCUGCAUAAAAAUACCUCGGAAAAAAUACAAUGAUGUAAUGAAAGUAAUAAAUUCUUCUAAUGAGCAUGUCAUUAGCAUUGGAGCUAGUUUUAGUACAGAAGCAGAUUCUCAUCUAGUCUGUAUACAGAAUGAUGGAGUUUAUCAAACACAGGCCAACAGUGCUACUGGCCAUCCUAGAAAAGUGACAGGUGCAAGUUUUGUGGUAUUCAAUGGAGCCCUAAAAGCAUCUUCAGGAUUUCUUGCUAAGUCCAGCAUAGUUGAAGAUGGCUUAAUGGUACAAAUAACUCCAGAGACCAUGGAUGGCUUGCGGCUAGCUCUACGAGAACAAAAAGACUUUAAAAUUACAUGUGGGAAAGUUGAUGCUGUAGACAUGAGAGAAUAUGUGGACAUCUGCUGGGUAGAUUCUGAAGAAAAAGGAAACAAAGGUGUUAUUAGUUCAGUGGAUGGAAUAUCAUUACAAGGAUUUCCAAGUGAAAAAAUAAAACUGGAAGCAGAUUUUGAAACUGAUGAGAAGAUUGUAAAGUGUACUGAGGUGUUCUACUUUCUAAAGGACCAGGAUUUAUCUAUUUCGGCAACUCCUUAUCAGUUUGCAAAAGAAAUAGCCAUGGCUUGUAGUGCUGCACUGUGCCCUCACCUGAAAACUCUAAAGAGUAAUGGGAUAAAUAAAAUUGGCCUCAGAGUUUCCAUUGACACUGAUAUGGUUGAAUUUCAGGCAGGAUCUGAAGGCCAACUUCUUCCUCAGCAUUAUCUAAAUGAUCUUGAUAGUGCUCUAAUCCCUGUGAUCCACGGUGGGACCUCCAACUCUACUAGUUUACCAUUAGAAAUAGAAUUAGUAUUUUUUAUUAUUGAAAAUCUUUUUUAGUGAAAGGACGUGAGUCGUAUUAUAUUGCAAACUGAUUUGUUAAAACUAACUCCAGCACUAAAGCUGAAAUGCCACAAACACUAAAAGUAAAUAUGUUUGAUAUUUGAAACAUGUUAAGCUUUGCUUUUUAGGCAGGAAUGAUCUUUUAAAAAUCAUUAGCACAAUAUUAAAUAUCCAAAAGCUUAAGAGAUGCACAGUUUUUGAAGCUUUACACUUUACAAGUACUGAAGAAGACAAGGAUUUCUUCUGUCUUUAAAAAAUUUGUAGCAUUUAACUGUGUUAUUUAAAUGCUAAGCCAAAGUAUCUGCAUUUAGGUAUACCUCUUUAUGCCAAGAAUGAUUUUAAUGAAGGCUCUUUUCAGAUGUAAGCUUAUGAAGGAACUACCUUUUUUGUUUAUAUGCCAGUUAAAUUACUGGUUUCUAAAGUCUGUUAAAAAUGUAUUUCAAUGGCACAGACCAGUUUCCAGAUCUUAGACUUAUAUGGUAAUUCUUUGAAUAAGGCAGAUAACUUAUUUGUAUAAUUGGAGUGGAGACCUACCUCCAUGAUUAGAUAAACUGAUUGUUUGCAUUAAAAUCAGAAUUUUGCCUUUUUUCUUUUCAAAUUAUUAUUUUAUAUAUACCUAUAUGGUUUUCUCUUUAUUAAAUGGGUAUUCUUAAAGUAAUUGUGGGUGCUUCAGGAUUUUGUGCUUCUAUAAUUAAGUAUAUUGUUUUUAUAGCGAGAACAUGUGAUUUGGUAUGUGUUUUAUAAAUCUUUAAUAAUUUAUAAAUAGGUAAUAUUUUUGUAUUGCAGUGCAUUAUUUUUCCUCCUUUCCUUCCAAAGUAUACCACUGUAUAUACCACUUCUAAGAGUGACUGACGACAGGCCAGAUGACCCUUGAAGUAGUCAUUAUGUAGCAAUAAAUGAAGCCUGAAACAGGUGUUUUUUUAACUUCUUUAAACCUUAAAAGUUUCUUGGCAAGCCUACAUAUUUUCAUUGACACCAAUGUAUUAAAUAUAAAUUUUAAUGAACUACUUACUUUUGCAUAUUUUAAAUUCUUUAUAUGGUAGUUAUUUUUUAUAACAGGAUAUUAACAUAAGUUAAAUU